GAGAGUGGUUAAGGCACGUUGAGGAGAAAUCAUCCUCCGUGGAGCAGGGACACGACCUCUCCACCAGCAGCAGCGGCUGUGCCGAGCGGGCAGCUCGGGUGCCUGGGCACACACAGAGCUGUUUGCUUUGGGGAGAAAGAGUGAUUCGUUUGUUCAUCCGUCCUGGGAAAACAUCAUCUGGCAACAAAGAGCAAAGGGAACAAGUUUGCAGAGGGACCUCUGGGACCAGCACUGAGGAGUGAGCAAGGCCACCGGCUGCUGCCAGCUGAGCUCCAGCCCUCAGUGGGGUCCUUGCGAGGUGGCAAGAGCAGCGAGGAGGGAGCAUCGGUGCAGCAGCCACCUCCACGUGACCUCCCGCCCAGGCUCCCACUGCAGAGACCUGGCAGUAGCCAGACAGCUUCUUCGGACCCAGCCAAAAGUCACAAGUGCAGCCAGGCAGCAGCGGCAGCCUCAGCCCCCACAGCCCCAUGUCGUGGGGUGCGGGGCAGCACCUGCCCCCUGGGCUUCCCAGGGCCACGCUGAGGAAAUCAGCAUCGAUGUACACUGAAAUACAACGGGAGAGACCAGAUGGUGGGAAUAUCCUGACUCACCCAGAUUACAUAGAUGGAAACCCAGACCUCAUCAAACCUAAAAAGCUCCUAAAUCCUGUAAAAGCCUCGAAAAGCCAUCAAGAGCUGCACAGAGAGCUGCUGAUGAACCACAAAAGAGGUUUGGGCGUGGACAGCAAGCCAGAGCUGCAGCGGGUGCUUGAACACCGACGGCGAGAUCUGCUCAUCAAACAGAAGAAGGAAGAGGAAGAGGCAAAGAAAUUGCAGUCUCCUUUUGAAAAAGAGCUAUUAAAGAGGCAACAGAGGCUGGAUCAGCUGGAGAAAGAGCGGGAGAAGCAGGAAGACCAUGCACCAGAAUUCAUUAAAGUCAAGGAAAAUCUGAGAAGAACCUCAACAGUGACAGGGGAUGAGAAAGCAGCAUAGCUUCUGCCAAAACUCAGCAGGGAUCCUACCAAGGCCAGUGCUAACACACACCCGCUGACAUCUCUGUACAUGGUGCACGUUCACAGCCACAUUGACGGGGCUACUUACGGUUAUUAACACUUGCUCCAGUAGAAGGCACAGAAAAGGUUUUCCCAGCCCAGGAGGGAAUCACUGUGGAAAAAGUGCAGUAUUCACUGAAGAAGUACUCACACAAGUGGAUGCAGAGAUAAUGAUGUUCUUUCUCCCCCCCAGACCAUGGUGCACUCUAACCACCGGCUAACUCUUGGUUAACUCUAGGGACACAGCGAAUAUUUAAGCCAGGGAAGUCUGUGGAGGCUUGGGGGACCCCUGCUUCUUCCUGGAGGCAGGCUUGCCAUGCACAAGGUGACAAGAGGGCAGCUGCAGCUGCGGAGAACCUCCUGGAAACCUGGCAUAGUAACUAAAAGGGACAACUUGUAUAUUACUGAAUACAACCCAGAUGACCGUAAUGGCUUUCCCAAGGGUCACUGGUAUUGCACCAGUGUGUGAGUCAAGCCUAGCUGAGGCUGUGUGUCCCAGCAGCACACCUGUGCUAUUAGAAAAACCAGCACCUGUGUGCUCAUACCAGUGCAGCACAGGCAGGUGCAACUGUUUUUCACAAGCACCUUUAAACUGCAUUUCAACCCUGUUGGAAAGUGGCUAUUUAGGCAGUUCCACGCUCAGGCAGAAAAUACAUUGGACUGUUCCAUCAACACCCCAAGUGGGAGGCAAAUGCUCUGUGCUGAAAGCAAAGGCUGGGUGUUUCCAGCAUGGCUGUCCAUGGAAGCAUGCAGUGACCAGGCAGAAGAUCCCUGAGGAUGUAGCAGACAGACAAACUGCUUCAUGCCCCUGGACUACUGAGCUUCAGCCCCUCACCCAGCAGCCAGAUAUGUGCUACCAUAGGGACCUAUAGAAAGAGUCCUGUGAUGGAGAAGGGGUGAUGUGGUGAUGUCACACCAGUGUCAGGCUGCCCUGUUAACCACCCUGCUUGCAGUUGGUAUCUGUAGACAACAUGGGAUACAGGGGAACAUAGGUCCUGACGCAAAACUAUUUGUCAGUGCUUCUAAUCCCCUUUUCCAGAGGUCAGAGCUGCCCCAUUACAGUUGCCACCUUGCAAAGCUGAAACUCUUCUUGUUCCUGGUGUAGCCAAGCUGAGGUGGAUGGUGCAUUUGCACCAUGUAUGGACAGAGCCUGCCACACUUAUGGUGGGUACCCCUCAUGCCCUGGGGUAUCCACACCCAGAGCUAAAAUUGUGCUUUCAGGAAUAUCUCAUCUUCUUGCUUCUCACAUCAGCCCUGAUACAAAGUCUGAACACCAUAACUCACUGACUGCCUUUGGACACUGGCCCUUGAAUGGCCUCAGUGGAUCUCGUCAGCUGGGAAGGUAAUACCUGGUUAAACAACAUCUACUAUCCACGUCUUCAGUGGAUCCAUACACAAAUUAAGGGAAACUAGGCAUUUAUCACAUAUUUAUCAAAAAGUUGCUAAUCCAUUCCCUAGUCUCCCUUAUCCAGUGGGGUAUUUCAUUUCAGAGAGCUGUUGCUCGACUUGACAGCUUGGGUAAGACAUCUGAGCCACAUCACAUGUCAAGAGCAGUGAUACAGGUAUGGAGUUUCUGUGACAGAUUGGACUAUAAAAGCCCUUAACUCAGCUUCAGUCCUUGAACACCCCAUGUCAAGGCACUGUCUCUGUUGUAGUUUUUAAGCCCCUUGCUCAUAUGCUUAUUCUAAACAUGAUUUUGUUUCAGAAAUCCGGUGCAUAUUGUCACUAUGGCUCACGCAAGACCUGAAAGGCUUUAUUACGUUCUUUCCAACUGUGAAGCUUUUCAUAUAGGUGAUGAUUAAAACCAUAAGGAAUAAGCAGCAUCAACCAUUUUUUCAGGGGGGAAAAAAAGAAGUCAAAUUUCUCUGAGGAUAAAAAGGUGUUGCUAAGGAUGCCUGUACAUAGCUGUAAAGAAUGCUGCAUGAUACUCCAUAGAGAACAUCAGCAUAAGUAGCAAGUCAGAAUUACUGUGCUGGAGUUUUGUGAGGAGUUAUGGCACAGAUUAAGUAACCUUGAUCAAAGAGCUCAAAAAAAUUCAGCAAGUUAAUUUGUAAUUUUGCCACAGAUGGAAAUGCACUCCAGGAGAGGCAAUCUGUCACUCCAUAUGCACCAGUGAAAUCAGUGUUAUCAGCUCACUCGGGCUGGGAUGGGGGCAUUUAUGCAAGUCCUUGGGUGGGAGCCAUCCAGUAAGGUCAGCUAUGAAAAGGAUAGAAGUAUUUUUCAACUGCUCUUCUUAAGCAUGCAAAUAUUACCUGGGGGGAAAAAUAAAUCAAGGUGCCUCGCUUUGAUGUGGUAUCCACCAAGCACAGAGUGGGGCUGCACACAGCAUGGUGGCUAAGGGGUGUCUGGGUCAUUUCCAGCAGGCAUCCAGAAAGGAAAGGGAAGGGAAGGCCAGGUCAGACUGCCCUAACUCAGGCUGAGCAAGCAGAACCACAAGAAAACCUUCCAGCAGUGGAGAGACAGCAGAAAGCCCUGACCCAGCUGCCCACCAAGACCCCAUAUUGUGGGGUAUCUUCAUGUCUCUAUUGCUUUUAUAUUAAUUCCUCCCUAUGUCCCUAAAACACAUUCCUGAAUAAACGUGGUAUAUUCAGAAGAUCAGAGUAUUGAUGGAAGACAAUUUUUUGCACUGUGUAUGUUGCUUAUGUGGUAUAUAGUCUCUAUUCUGUGUUGAUGUUUAUACAUUUAUAUGAAACUAUACAUUUAUAUGUCUUGCAUCUCUACUGAAUUAACUUGCUAUUUAAUGUGGACAAGUCUGAAAAAAUAAACUAAACAAUGAUUGUAUAUUUUGCUCUUUUCCACAAGGAACUGAAAAAGCUCCAAGGAUUCAAGCAAACAACAGCCAAAUAAACUUAAUGAACAAUACAAA